AUGUCUACCUUUUCUGCUUCUGAUUUCAAUUCAAAAAGAUACUCCUCUUCAAGACCUUCCUACCCUUCUGAAUUCUACAAGAUAGUAGAUGAAUACCACGAAGGUGAUAGAAAACUACUCGUUGAUGUCGGAUGUGGUCCAGGCACUGCUACUCUGCAAAUGGUCGAGGAAUUAAAACCGUUCAACCGAAUCAUUGGAAGUGAUCUUUCUGCCACAAUGAUUAAAACUGCCAAUGCUAUAAGGGAAGAUAAUCCCAACAUAUACAAGAACGUUUCAUUUGAAAUCUCUCCCAGUGAUAGUUUUGAAUUUUUGGGCACUGAUUCAGCUGACAAGCAAAAGAUUGACAUGAUUACCGCGGUGGAAUGUGCCCAUUGGUUUGAUUUCGACAAAUUUCAAAGAUCUGUCCAUGCCAAUUUGAGAGAAGACGGGACAAUUGCUAUUUGGGGGUACGCAGACCCCAUCUUUCCGGACUAUCCUGAAUUUGACGAUUUGAUGGAUGAUGUUCCAUAUGGCAAGGAAACCCUAGGCCCUUACUGGGAACAACCAGGUAGAUCACGCCUCCGCAACAUGCUGAAAGACUUCACCCUGGAUCCGAAGCUUUUCCGUCAUAUUCAAGUGUCAUAUUUUUAUGCAACAGACAUGAGAGACUUGGAAAAAUUUCGCCAACAUAAAGAAAAACCACUCUUAAUAAGAAAGCAAAUCACUUUGCUGGAGUUUGCAGAAUACGUCAGAACCUGGAGUGCUUACCACCAAUGGAAGCAGGAUCCGAAGAACGAAGGUAAACAGGAUAUCGCGGACUGGUUUAUUGAGGAAUCGUUGAGAAGAAGACCGGAACUUACUGCUAAUACCAAGAUUGAAGUUGUUUGGAACACUUUUUAUAAGCUCGGUAAAAGGAUCUAG